AGAUUAGAGCUGGAGCUGAGAAGCAGCGAAAAUGUUGAUAGGCUAGGCCAGCGGGAAAUUGAAAAGUUACUGUUUUUAAUAACGGAUAUCUAAUUUGCUAGUUCAGCAUUCUUCUUCAAGGUUGACCGAUAAAGGCUUAAUGGGGAAGAGGAAACCAGCUGAUCAGAUACAUUUACAUGUUUAUGUAGCCCCGAAAAUCUGAUUUGAUGGAAGUGACUGUGAAAAAAUUGACUGAUCAUCAUUCGACCUGAGGAUAAAAAAACACAAUUGUUUUGCUUUAGGGGAAAGUUUGAAGUGUAUUCUCUGUGCCCUCCCACGAUUACAGGUAAAAGAUUGAAUUUGAAUAUCUAAGUUUGGGAUUUUCUGCUCUGCUUCCACCGUCCACAAGAACCCCUAAAACUGGAAGAUUUUGAGGAGAACAAAUUGGAUGCCGAUUCCUGGAGUGAGGAAACUGAUUGUGCGAAUGUGAGAAACAAUAUCUGCUAUACAUUGUAAACAGAACAUUUGGGAUAUGGAUCCAUCUGAAGUGGAGUUCCUGGCAGAAAAGGAGGAGGUGACGAUUGUUCCAAACUUCUCCCAUGAUGAGGUUUUCUUGAUAGGGGGUAAUGUGGGACCGUUCAACCCCAGUCUACCCAUGAAGGUUCCCCUCUGGAUGGCUAUCAAUCUAAAACAGAGACAGAAAUGUCGUAUCCAACCCCCUGAUUGGAUGCUUGUUGAGAAACUAGAAGAGGUGAAGAAGCAGGAGCAUGAUUCAGCUGUAUUUCAGCCCAUGGUGAACCCUCAUUACAUGGAGGUUACUAAACUACUUCUCAGCCAUGCUACAGAUGAUAUACCCAAUGCUGAUGAAGUGAACACAUUGAUUAAAGACAUUUGGGAUCUGAGGAUGGCUAAACUAAGGCAGAGUAUUGACAAGUUUGUAAAGGAUCAGGAGACACAUGCCAGGCUUGAUAACUUGUCAUUAAUGGAGAUCAACUCAGUCCGACCAUUCCUUACCCAAGCCCUGGACCACAUGCACACAUUACGCAUGAAUCUCCUAACCGCUGGUCCAGGUCCUACUCAAGAUAGUUAGGACUAGAUCUCAUGGACUUGGACCACAAUGUGAGACCAUUGUUAUUUGGAUCUAUUAUCUAUUGUUUAUGCAUUGACAAACUCUGGGAUGAUAAGUACCGUAUGCCGUGAACUCAUCAACUGAUACUGAUCAUCAAUAACGUAUGCAUCAACAAGAUUUGAAUGGAAGUAAUAUGCCAGGAACUUCAGGAAGAGUAUUAACUCAGUAUUGAUCUGCAGUCUUCAGCGUACAAUGUAUACAUUGAAAAGUCUGGAUGGAAAGAAAUUAUCCCCACUGUUGCUAAUAUCGUGUUUUUUCUCUGUCACCUUUGCUGUAUGCAUUGAACAGACUUUGAAUGGAAUCCAUGUAAUGACACAAUCCAGGUUAUAAGUACAAACUUGUAUUAUGCAAUAAUUAAAGGCUUUAAAACAUUUUGUAGCAAGGAGUAUAUCUUUGCAAAGAGUUACUUUUCAUUAUGUUUGUGACAAGAUUGCGCCAUUGUGGAAUUGAUGGUUCUCCCCCCCCCCCCAAGGAAUCAAUCUCUGUAAUUGAUAUACAUGUAUAAAAGUAAACCCUGCAUGCGGAUACUCAAGGAGAUGAGUAUGAAUGUGGACUAAAACAAAAUAUAGAAUAUGAGGCUUUGAAUGAGUAGUCUCAUUUGCAUAGCACUAGGUCAAACCCAGUUUACAAAUGCUUCCUUCAAAUGCGAAAGUUAAUAAUCUGAAUACUAAGGCCGAGAUAACUUGUGCUAAAGCUCAUAAAAAUGUACCUGAAACACAAUCAAGUCGUAUUUCAAUAAAAAACUGGGCAAUUGUUUAAAGUGCUUUUCUAUUACAUUAUAGGGAAAAUAUAUAAACAUAGACUCAAAAGGAUUCCCAGUUUUUAAAUGAGUCCCUGCCAUUUAAAAAGAGCCCCUAUUGAAGCAGAUAUUAUUAUAAUGCAUAGAAUCAAAGACAAAGUUGGUGCCAAAAUUUGAUUUUUAUGUUUAAUCCCUUAGUUAAAUAGCACAAGUUAUCCCAGCACGGCCAGCAGUCAAGUGCUCAGUGUUCAUCUGUCUAAUAUUGGUAGCAUUUUGUAUGACUGCAAUUUCAUCAUUUGCUAUUGGGUUGUUCUACACCUUGAAAGAUGCAUUUAUUAUUCAAGUCAUAUUAUCACAAUGAAAUUGAGAUGUCAUGUAACAGAAAGGAAUCUCUCAGUACUACAUUAUUGAACAUAUGCAUGCCCUUGUUAGAAGUUUAAAAGAUUU